AUGCCCGUCCUGCCCACCAGUCCCGCGCUGCCCAGGAAGGGCCUGAGGUGCGGAUACCAUAACGCUCCAACCCCCACUCCCCUCGCCGUACGAGGUCCAGACCUUCCCGUUGCGGCUGGUCUCCUAUCUACGCGCCCGCUGCACUACUUCACGGUUCCAGCAGGCAAUCCUGCGGUGUCGGAGAUAAAUCUCCACGUCCUGGUCCAGCGCUCCAUCCGCGCUGCGGGCCUAUUCGUCGACGAUGUCAGCUCUCGCUAUUUCAAGGGCAUCCAUCGCUAUCUCCCAACCAUCUCCCGGUCACGCUUUCAGCACGAUCUUAUCGGCCCGGGUGCCGUCCCGUCGGCCGGGUUCUCCGUCCUUCUCCUAGCCAUGUGUCUGACUCAUUCCUGCCCAACGCUGGAGCGACGCGCUCAUGCCAGCUCGCGAAACCCCUCGCAGGUCGAUUAUGAUUCGCUCCAUCUCACUGCCAUGACCUUGUUCGUGCAGGUCCAGGCACAGUGUCCACCGUCUCUCUACCUGCUACAGGCUGGUUUGUUGCUGGCAGUCUACGAAUAUAUCAGCGGUCGUCCAGAUAAGGCAUUCGCCUCCAUUUCCGGCUGUGCCCGCAUGGCUUACGCAGCCCGCAUCCACGUAUGCAACCAGCAGUCGCCACAGCCGCCUUGGCGCCCCAUAGAUGCGGCUUGUACCGCUCUGGCCUACAGGCUUCAAGUCCAAGAAGCAGCCAACACGUGGUGGGGCAUCUUCAUUUCUGAACGCUUACUGGAACGGGAUGACUUCCUUGACGCCGAGAUUGUUCCCCACAUACCCGUCUCCUAUCUGACCUCUGUUGGUAUUGAGAGUUUUGGUCGUGCUGCUCAAGCAGCGUGGCUUCUCGACCAAGUUACGAAAGCCUUGGAUAUUUCAGAUGCCAGUAGCCAGCUGUUUCAGCUCCACGGCUUGGAUGCUACACUACAAUCCUUUCUCGUAGCGCUUAUGCAACAGUGCAGUGCUGGACAAGAAAAGUUCUGCGAGGCGAUAGCAAUCACCAUCAGAAAGACCGAAUGGGAAAAGGAUGGCUUGUUGCAGUCCGCUGAAGAACGUCUUCGCACGUCUCUGGACGAGUUUUCCCAGCACCGUGAAGAGGUUGAUAUCUAG